CGGUGCUGUAACGUUCACCGCCCUGAUGCAUCGGUCUCUACUUUUACCUUUGACGCAUUACGACAUGACGGGAUUGUAGCAGUCGCCGAAAACGGUCAGCGUGUGAUGGGAGAGCUACCCCGUUGACUUCGGACAGCUUCUUAUGUCCAGAUUCUGUGGAACAAUGGACAGGGAGUCCCAAACAAAAGCAGAACCUCCAAAGAGUGCAGGCACCACAACAACCACCCCAGCGCUGAACACUUCCCAUCAGGCCAAUGGUGCCCCCAAAACCCCCCCUGCUCUCACAACCGUAACCACCUUCCACAAUCAACCCUCCCCCAACGAGAGAAAAGUGGUUCAGAUCAAUCUGUCUGGGGACCGACUGGCUCCAUCUUUCUCACCGAGUGAGCGAGUCAACCAAGCUUCAUCUUCGCAGCAGACCCCAAAAACGGUUUCUCAGCCCAACACCCCCGGAUCAACACCUCUAGUCAGAGGAAUUCAAAGCACGGGUACAGCCGUCCGUAAGAUCUCCCCUCAAGCUCUGCUCCUGGGGAAGAGUCCGGCCACGAGCCAGGCCCAGAUGCUGUUGAGGGCCCAGAUGCUGAUUUUAACAUCUGCUGUGCGACCUGACGUACCUGCCCUCUCCUCUUCCUCCUUCUCAUCUUCCUCAUCCACCCUUUCCUCUUCCUCACCUCGAUUUCCCUCCAUGCAGCUCCAGAGUUUGACUCUCCGUCCACCUCCACCAGGCACCCUCACCAUCCCUCCAAACCUACCACUCAAGCCAACAACUUCAAGCCAGCCCCCUUUGCUUUCAUGCCGUUUACCAACUUUCCAUCUGAGACCCAGCCAGCCAGCUAACGUUCCAGGGACGGAGGGACCUUCUAAGACAGAAAGCUCAACAUCUCUGACGGCUCAAACAAAAGCAACUGUGCGCCAUCUUACGGUUCCUCCUCCCUCGCUAUAUGCACCUUCACAGGCCCUCGCCUUAGCGAAACAGAAGCUAAACCGCAACAGUCUCAAAAGGCCCCACAGUCAGAUCAGCAUCCCCCAACACCCUUUCAAUCAAAGACACACCCCUCCAAACUCUCCCCCCGCCGCACCAAAGAAGCCUCUUCCAGAGUUAAAGCGCUGCCCAUCCACCCAACCUUCCAAAAGUGUGUCUGGCACUUCCGUACCCAUCACUGUUCCCUCCCCCACAAGAUCCCACCUCACACCCCCUACCCUGACUCUACCCUUGAGGUCUUCGUCCACCGGUGGAUCCCUACUGGCUACAAAACAGCUGCUGAGGAUUGCAUUGUCCUCCGCGUCUGCCAAGAGCACCAAUGGGCAAUCCAAGGCAGCCACUGUGUCUCCACCUCAUGAUCUCGUCCAAUCAAAACCGCUUCUCUCACCUGUGCUUGCUAAACCAGAGUGCCCCACCCAGCCGCUACGGACUCCAAACCCCUGCCCACAGCUGGUGCAGCUGUCACCAUCUAGACAAACGACAGCGGCAACACCUCUGAUCGCCACCCCUCCACUAGCAUCUCCACAGAGGGCAUCGCCGCCUUCGCCGGUCCUGCCUCUGGUGUCCACCAGCAGCGUUCUCGCACCCCCACAGACCCUCCUGACCGCACAGAGUCCCACACAAGCAGCCGAAACGUCAAAAGAGCAGAAAGACGGGAAGGCAGAGCAGAAAGAAGGCAAAGGACCAGAGCAGACUCCUCAAGAUCUGAAAUGUCCGGCAGUGCAAAAGAAAAGUGCAGGACAAACUCAAAUCACCCAGAUUUGCACAACAGUUCAACAGUCCAGAGACGAUUCAGAGAAGUCAUCGAUGACAGUCUGCACAGAGGAUUCAAGGACCGACGGGCAGAUAAAAACGUCACAGAAGAGUGAAACACGCUCGCCUUUAACUCCGUCAUGGCAGGCUGAAAAAGACGAACAGUGCGAGGAAACAUCUACCCAAUCAGACAAUCACUCAGCAAUCUCGAGUCUUUCUUCUGACAUGUCACCUAUCCAGACGUCCAUCACUCAGCCUUUAGAUAUGUCUCCCGUGGACAGUUGCUUUCCCCCGAAAUUUCACCCCGUGUCAGAGAAGCCACCAGUUCAGCCUCCCACCUUCAUGCAAACGAAGCCCACGGACCUUCAGCAGACAUCAGAAACAGUCAAACCUUUGGUCCUGACACACCUGGUGGAAGGUUUUAUUAUACAGGAAGGACUAGAACCGUUCCCGGUGAGUAGGUCAUCUCUGAUGAUCGAUCCCAUUAGGGAGUCUGGGCUAAAUGGGGUGAAAGAACCAGAGCUUAUCCCGUCCAGUUCAGAGCCUCCCGACGACUCCACAGACUCGGAUGAUGAGGACAUGGUCACAAAUAGGGCCCGCAAGCUUGUUUUGCAAUGCCAGUUUUGCAAGAGGAAAGGCACCGCUGAGACAUUCCAGCGCUCGAAACGCUUCUGCUCCAAAUCGUGUGCCAAGAGGUUCAGUUACACCAAACGUUUUCGCGCACUCAGACGCUGUGUGAGCGAGGGUGGGCAUCGAUCUGAACUCAUUGGCACUGAGGACAACGCAGAAGAAAAUUUCCAUCAGCCAAGACAUGCGACGACAGAGCAGUGGAGAAUCCUUCAACAGCCUCCGCAUGAAGGCGAAGAUGGGACCGCCGCUCCCAUGAAGACGAGGCUUCGCAGGCACACGGAACAGGAACGUGAGCGAGAAAUAAGAGCCAGGCCAUCGGUUGAGGAGACGAGAAGUGCCCCCACCUCACCUUUAGACGCCGUGUCACCCAUUGGGGUCUUUCCCUACCCAAAACCAUCUCAGUGGUCUGUGGAUCAAGUGUCAAGCUUUAUAUCCAACUUACCAGGGUGUCAUGACAUUGGUGAAGCAUUCAGAGCCCAAGAGAUAGACGGCCAAGCCUUGCUUCUGUUGACCGAAGACCAUCUGAUGAGUGCCAUGAACGUCAAACUCGGCCCCGCUCUCAAAAUAUGUGCCCGUAUAAACUCCCUGAAGGAAGGCGGAAGAUAAAAUGAAACGGACACAAAGAGAUAGGUAUAUCUUUGUGGACCAUAGGAGCACUUGCCAAUAGAAUAGAGCCAUUUUGUGCACUUUAAUCUUCAGAGAUUUACGCGAUAAUUUCAAUGUUAUCAGAAAGCUUACAUGUAUUUGCUUGAACUAAACUAGCAAAAUCUUACAGUUCUUGUAAACUUAGCCUCUGUCUGAAAGCAUGGUAGCAAUAUAAUGGUCUCAGUCUGUGAGCAAUUUAUAGGCGGUUUAUUUAAUCGGAUAGGAGGAAACUGUUAGUCUCCUUUUUUGUAUGGGUAAUUUCGAUCAGGGUCACCGGUUUUAUAUUUUUGACAGAAAGCAGAGGGGAUCACUUCCCCGGUCAGCGCGGAGAGGUUCGACAAAUACGGAAGUGCUGUUAUUGUGUGCAUGUCCCAUUGUAUAUAUUUUCUAUUGUAUUCCAUAUGUAUACAUGUAUAACAAUACAGUGUUCUGUGUGUAUAAAUUAAAAAAAUGUUUUGUGAA